AUGGCCACCGCCAGUCCCCCUCGGUAUCCUGCUCCGCUGCAGCCCACCUUUAGUCGGACUCCCUCUUACUCUGCGGAACCCGGCCUUUACGAACAACGUCUUGCCCUCAACAGUCGUCAGCUUCCUCGCCACACAGGGAAUUACAUCAAAAAGGGCAAUGAUGCUAUCUUGCGACUCACUGCUCAACAAGACAAGAUCGACCUGCCUGUUUAUGGUACUGGUGGGGUUGUAGAAGGCAUAGUUGAGAUUACCAAGGCUACUCACGUCUCUACCGUCGAGGUCAAGGUUGAGGGUCGUUUGGUGCUGAAGGAGAUAGCAGAAGGCGGCCAGUUGACUACCUCGUUAUGUCUCGACACUGUCGUGCUUUUCAUCAAGGACGCUAAUAACUCUCCCUGCCCGUCGUCCUUACCUUUUGCUCUCACCCUUCCGACUCAAUUCCAAUAUCAUGGUCGCAGCUAUCCAUUACCCCCUUCCCAUUCGGUUAAACUGAAGGGCCUUCCUGGAUUCCAUGCAUCCAUUGACUAUUCAGUCAGCGCGAUCAUAAACAAACCCACCUCUGUCCCCACCAUCGUGCCUCUUGUAAAGUCCAAGAAACUCGGAGUCAACAUUGGCACGACCACGGUGUCAACUCCGUUCAUCUACUACCCACGGACACGCCCCGCUGUCCCUGUUCCAUCCCCGCUUACCCCGCGCGAAGGCGGCUUCAUCAAUAGCCCCGACUGGAAGACCUACAGCUACGUCCUCCAGGCCGCCAAGCACAAGGCCAACGCGCAAGACAUCAAUGUCAAGUUACAUCUCCCAGCAUCGCGCAUAUUCUGUUCAGCACAAUCGAUUCCAUUCCAUGUCACUUUCGAGGCCGGUGCCUAUUCGCUAGCUGCGUUCUUGCCAUACGGACCUACCACGGGCGCGGCAGGAAAGUUGCGGGCCACAAAGAUUCAAUUGAUGCGACAGUCGACUGUCGAUGUCAGAGGAAUGACUGUCCACGGCACAAAGACGGAUAUUUGGCGCGUGGACUGCAUUGGUGAAGGGGUGUUUAAGCAUGCUGGCGACGGUGCGACUUGGAUGUCCUUCUCAGGCGAGAUUGAAAUCGACCCGGUCAAAGUCAUGGGUUUCCGUAUAGCGGGUCUAUCAGUUCAGGACUGUCUUCUGUUCACAGUAACUCCCCCGGAUGUCACUAAAUCACCCUUUGUGGGCAUCCGGGAGAUGGUUCCAGUGCGGUUAACGACUGACCCGUAUACCGAGGAUGGUCGUGGAAUCGCUGCAGCCCGGGAUUCCAUCAACGUUUCUGUCCCACCUUCGCCUGAGGACUCUGCUCUUUUCGAGCACGCAUUUUAA